AUGUCCUCACCUUUUCUUUGGAGUUUGGUUAUUUUAUUGACAUUUGCUGAGUUAGAUGGUGAAGCUGGAGGAGAUGAGCUGCAGAGACAAAAAAGAAAUACUAACCUCCAACAACCUCGAAUGUCUACAGAGAGAGGGAAUUUAGUGUUUCUUACUGGGUCUACUCAAAACAUUGAAUUUAGAACUGGAUCUUUGGGGAAAAUUAAAUUAAAUGAUGAAGACCUUGGCGAAUGUAUCCAUCAGAUCCAGAAAAACAAAGAUGAUAUUACAGACUUAAAAAGGAGUGCAAUUGGUCUGCCUCUAAAUAUUUCUAAUCAAAUCUUUCAGCUUAACACUAAGCUUAUGGAUCUUGAGAGAAAAUUUCAAAGCUUGCAGCAGACAGUUGACAAAAAGGUUUGCAGCAGCAAUCCCUGCCAAAAUGGGGGAACCUGCCUCAACCUUCAUGACUCCUUUUAUUGUAUUUGCCCAUCACAAUGGACGGGACCUGUGUGCUCAGUGGAUGUUAAUGAAUGUGCAGUUUACUCAGGAACACCCUGGAGCUGCCAAAAUGGAGCCACAUGUAUAAACACAGUUGGGAGUUACAGUUGUCACUGCUCUCCUGACACCUAUGGCCCCCAGUGUGCAUCCAAAUACAAUGACUGUGAAAGGGGCUCCAAGGCCCUCUGCAUCCAUGGCAUUUGUGAGGACCUGGCCCGCAUGCAGGCUGGAGAGCCCAAGUAUAGCUGCAUCUGUGAUGCUGGAUGGACAACCCAGCCCCCACCACAUGGCCCAGCCUGCACACUGGAUGUAGAUGAGUGCAGUCUCCUGCCUGCGCCUUGUUCAGCUCUUGUGCAGUGUUUCAACACUCCAGGCUCUUUCUACUGUGGGGCCUGUCCAGCAGGCUGGCAAGGAAAUGGAUACAACUGCCAAGAUGUCAAUGAAUGUGAGAUAAAUAAUGGUGGCUGUUCUGUAGCUCCACCUGUUGACUGUGUGAACACACCUGGGUCUCACCAUUGUCAGCCAUGUCCCCCAGGGUACCAGGGCGAUGGGAGAGUGUGCACACUUGUGGACAUCUGUUCAGUCAAUAAUGGAGGCUGCCACCCAGAGGCAUCCUGCUCCUCAGUUCUAGGUUCCCUACCUCUCUGUACCUGUCUCCCGGGAUAUACUGGAAGUGGCUAUGGGCCAAAUGGAUGUUUGCAACUCAGUAAUCUUUGUCUAAGUCACCCCUGCUUAAAUGGACAAUGCAUUGAGACUGUGUCUGGUUAUUUUUGCAAGUGUGAAUCAGGUUGGGCUGGUGUCAACUGCACAGAAAACAUCAAUGAGUGUCUGAGCAACCCUUGUUUGAAUGGAGGAACUUGUGUUGAUGGCAUUAGUGGGUUCAGCUGUGAGUGUACCCGCUUCUGGACUGGAUUUUUCUGUCAGACUCCCCAGCAAGUUUGUGGAGAGUCCCUUUCUGGGUUGAGUGGAAGUUUCAGCUACAAGAAUACCGAUGUUGAUUACACUCAUGAUGUUAGCUGCUUCUGGGUUAUCCGAACUGAAAAGGGAAAGGUGCUGCAUAUCACUUUCACCUUUUUCCAGCUAGAAUCAGUGAACAAUUGUCCACAUGAGUUUCUUCAGAUUCAUGAUGGAGAUUCCUCUGCAGCAUUUCAACUGGGAAGAUUCUGUGGCUCUAGCCCUCCUCAAGAAGUCCUGAGCAGUGACAAUGCUCUAUAUUUUCAUCUCUAUUCUGAACAUUUAAGAAAUGAUAGAGGUUUUACAAUAAGAUGGGAAACACAGCAACCAGAAUGUGGAGGUGUUCUGACUGGUACUUAUGGUUCUAUUAAGUCUCCAGGAUAUCCUGGAAACUACCCCCCAGGAAGAGAUUGUAUCUGGAAAGUGACAACCAGUCCUGACCUUCUGAUAACAUUUACUUUUGGGACCUUGAGUUUGGAGCACCAUGACGAUUGCAGCAAAGAUUAUCUUGAGAUUCGAGAUGGUCCUUUGCAUCAGGACCCCAUUCUUGGAAAAUUCUGCUCCACUCUCUCUGCCCCACCACUGCAGACUACUGGCCCCUUUGCCAGAAUUCAUUUCCAUUCUGACAACCAGAUUAGUGACCGAGGCUUCCACAUUACCUACUUAACAUCACCUUUGGAUCUGCAUUGUGGAGGGAACUACACAGACCCAGAGGGUCUUCUCUCUCUGGACUUACCUGGACCUUUUACAAAAAACAGACAAUGUAUCUAUAUUAUAAAGCAACCCCUAGGAGAACAAAUACAGAUCAACUUCACCAAUGUGGACCUGGAAAGCCAGAGUGGCUGUUCUCAGACUUACAUUGAGGUUCGAGAUGACCAAACCUUACUUGGAAAAGUCUGUGGCAAUGAAACCUCUCAUAUCAAAUCCAUUACUAAUAAUAUCUGGAUCAGACUUAAAAUAGACAUUUCUGUUAUGAAAGCUAGUUUUAGAGCUGCUUAUCAAGUUGCUUGUGGGGGUGAAUUAACUGGAGAAGGCGUCAUUCGCUCACCCCUUUAUCCCAGUGUAUAUCCAGGAGAAAAGAUCUGUAGGUGGAUGAUUUAUCAACCCCAAAGCCAAGUUGUUGUCCUUAACUUUACUAACUUUGAAACUGGAAGUUCUUUCCACUGUGAUACAGAUUAUAUUGAGAUUGGUAGCAGUACCAUUUUGGGCUCUCCUGAAAACAGAAAGUAUUGUGGCACAGAUGUACCUUCAUCUAUAAUGUCCAUUUACAAUUUUCUUUAUGUCAUGUUUGUAAAAAGUUCUUCUACUGAAAAUCAUGGUUUCAUGGCUAAGUUCAGCACUACAAAUUUGGUGUGUGGAAAAGUUCUUACAGAGCCAGCGGGAAUCAUUGAAAGUCCUGGCCAUCCAAAUACUUACCCCCAUGGUGUCAACUGUACCUGGCAUGUAUUUGCCCAACCUGACUACGUGAUUCAUUUGAUAUUCAAGAAAUUUCAUCUAGAGUUCCAUUAUAAUUGCACAAAUGAUUAUCUGGAAAUUUAUGAUACUGACCCUGGAACAUUUCUUGGGAGAUACUGUGGAAAAUCAGUCCCACCUUCUCUUAUCAGCAGUGGCAACUCCAUAACACUUAAAUUUGUGGCUGACUCUCAUCUCGCUUAUGAAGGAUUUUUAAUAAAUUAUGAGGCAACUAAUAAAUCAACAGUAUGCUUGGAAAGCUAUACCGUUGGCUCUGGGACAUUUACUUCUCCACACUUCCCUAGUAAUUACCCUAACAACUGGAAAUGCAUUUACAGAAUCACAGUGGAAACCAGCCAACAGAUUGCAUUGCACUUCACAAACUUCUCCUUAGAGGAGGCCAUUGGUGGAGAAUGUGUAGCUGAUUUUGUGGAAAUCAGAGAUGGAGGCUAUGAAAAUUCACCACUCCUGGGAAAAUACUGUGGCUCAGUAUUACCUCCAAGAAUCAUUUCUCAUAGUAACAAACUAUGGCUAAAAUUUAAGAGUGACUCAAUUGAUUCAAGGUCCGGGUUUUCAGCUUCCUGGGAUGGAUCAUUAACAGGUUGUGGGGGCAACCUCACCACUCCCACUGGCACAUUCACAUCUCCCAACUACCCGAUGCCCUAUUACCACAAUUCUGAGUGCUUCUGGUGGCUGAGAUCCAGCCGUGGCAGCCCAUUUGAACUGGAAUUUGAAGACUUUCACCUGGAACAACAUCAAGAUUGCACUUUAGAUUAUCUGGCUGUAUACGAUGGCCCAAGUACCAGCUCUCAUCUGCUAACUAAGCUGUGUGGGGAUGAAAAGCCACCUCUUAUCCGUUCUAGUGGAGAUAGCAUGUCUUUAAAACUGAGGACAGAUGAAGGUCAACAAGGAGGUGGCUUCCUGGCCAAAUACUGGCAAACAUGCAGGAAUGUGGUAAUUGUGAAUCAAACUUAUGGCAUCUUGGAGAGUAUACAUUUCCCAGACCCCUAUUCUACCAAUGAGCGUUGCAAUUGGACGAUUCAAGCAACAACUGGAAACACUGUGAAUUUCACAUUUUUGGCAUUUAACUUGGAAAAUCACACAACUUGCUCCACAGACUAUUUAGAGCUCUAUGAUGGUCCACAGAUAAUGGGGCGCUACUGUGGAAAUGAUCUGCCCCCCUCAGGGGGUACUACAGGCUCCAAGCUUCAAGUGCUAUUUCAUACUGAUGGGGUUGGUCACAAUGAGAAAGGAUUUCAGAUGUACUGGUUCAUUCAAGGUUGUGGUGAUGAGUUGUUUGGGGCCACGGGCUCCUUCACCAGCCCCGGGUACCCUAACACAUACCCCCCCAACAAGGAGUGCAUCUGGUACAUUAGGACAGCCCCUGGGAGUAGCAUUCAGCUCACCAUCCAUGACUUUGAGGUGGAAUAUCAUGCAAGCUGCAACUUUGAUGCUCUGGAGAUCUAUGGAGGCCCUGACUUUCAUGCUCCCAGAAUUGCCAAAUUAUGUGCCCAAAGACCAUCAGAGAAUCCUAUGCAGGUCUCCAGCACUGGAAAUGAGCUAGCAAUCCGAUUUAAGACCGACAGCUCUGUAAAUGGUAGAGGCUUCAACGCCUCAUGGCGAGCCAUCCCUGGAGGUUGUGGUGGUAUUUUCCAGGCUCCCAGUGGAGAAAUUCAUUCUCCAAAUUAUCCCAGUCCUUAUAGGAGUAACACUGAUUGUUCAUGGGUCAUUCGAGUAGCAAAAAAUCAUCGUGUGCUCUUGAACUUCACUGACUUUGACCUUGAACCCCAGGACUCUUGCAUUAUGGCAUAUGAUGGUUUAAACUCCGCAGCUACUAGUCUUGUUGGUGUGUGUGGAAGACAACAGCUGACGAACCCCAUCUUCUCUUCGGGAAACAUCCUCUUUCUGAGAUUUCAGUCUGGCCCUUCUGGACAGAGCAGGGGUUUCCGAGCUUACUUCAGACAAGCCUGUGGAUGCUAUAUCCUCACCAACUCUGUUGAUACUAUAUCCUCUCCAAUGUUCCCUGCCAAGUAUACAAACAAUCAGAACUGCAGCUGGAUUAUUCAAGCUGAACCUCCAUUCAACCAUAUUACUCUCUCCUUUACUCACUUUGCACUUGAAAACAGCACCACGUGUAACCAAGACUUUCUAGAAAUUUUGGAUGGCAGUGAUGGUGAUGCUCCCGUCCGAGGUCGCUUUUGUGGCACAUCCAUGCCCCACCCCAUCACUUCCUUCAGCAAUGCUCUGACACUGAGGUUUGUCUCUGAUUCUAGUAUUAACUCUGAGGGUUUUCAUGCUACAUAUGCUGCAUCAUCAUCAGCUUGUGGUGGAACCUUUCAUAUGAUUGAAGGCACUUUCAACAGCCCUGGCUACCCAGAAGUUUAUCCCCAUAAUGUGGAAUGUGUCUGGAACAUUGUCAGUUCCCCUGGCAACAGGCUCCAGCUGUCUUUUAUAAUGUUCCAGCUAGAGGAUUCUCAGAACUGCAGUCGGGAUUUUGUGGAGGUCCGGGAAGGAAAUGCGACAGGUCAUUUGGUGGGGCGAUACUGUGGGAACACCCUCCCUGGCAACUAUUUAUCCAUUGAUGGGCACAUUCUGUGGAUCCGAUUUGUCUCCGAUGGCUCAGGCAGUGGUAUCGGCUUCCAGGCCACAUUUACUAAAUUAUUUGGCAAUGAUAAUAUUGUAGGAAGUCAUGGGAAAAUUGCCUCUCCUUUUUGGCCUGGAAAGUACCCCCACAACUCCAAUUACCAAUGGAUAGUAAAUGUGAACACAUCUCAAAUUAUCCAUGGUAGAAUCUUGGAGAUGGACAUUGAAGCAACACAAAACUGCUACUAUGACAAAUUGCGGGUUUACGAUGGGUUUGGCACACACUCCCGCUUAAUUGGAACUUACUGUGGUACCCAGACGGAAUCUUUUAUCUCCACUAGAAGUUCUUUGACAUUUCAGUUUUCUUCUGACUCUUCAGUCUCAGGGAAAGGAUUCCUUCUGGAGUGGCUUGCAGUGAAUGACUCUUUGGUAAAUGGACCUUUACCUACCAUUGCUACAGGUGCUUGUGGUGGAUUCCUGAGGACCGGAGAUACACCCAUCUUUCUUUUUUCCCCACUCUGGCCUGAAAGCUACAGUAAUAAUGCUGACUGUUCAUGGCUUAUCCAAGCUCCUGAUUCUACUGUGGAACUCAAUAUUCUUUCCAUGGACAUCGAAUCUCAUAGAACAUGUGAUUAUGAUAAACUUGUGGUAAUAGAUGGAGAUAAUAACAUGGCUGAACGGCUAGCAGUCCUCUGUGGCAAAGAGAUCCCUGGGCCUAUCCGAUCUACUGGAGAGUACAUGUUGAUCCGAUUCACCUCUGACUUAAGUGUCUCCAGGGCAGGAUUUAAUGCAUCUUUACACAAGAGUUGUGGUGGGUAUUUGCAUGCAGACAGAGGGAUUAUAACAUCACCCAAUUAUCCAGACAACUACUCUCCCAACCUGAACUGCUCUUGGCAUGUCCUAGUUCAGAAUGGUCUGACCAUCGCUGCCCAUUUUGAACAGCCCUUCCAGAUUCCAAAUGGAGAUUCUUUUUGCAACCAGGGGGAUUACUUGGUGUUAAAAAAUGGACCUGAUAUCCAUUCCCCACCCUUGGGAGCCCAUGAAGGAAAUGGCCGUUUUUGUGGCAAUCGUCCUGCAACCACUCUGUUUACCUCAGAUAAUCAAAUGUUUGUUCAGUUUAUUUCUGAUAACAGUUAUGAAGGGCAAGGGUUCAAGAUCAAAUAUGAGGCAAAGAGUUUAGCCUGUGGGGGCAACAUCUACAUCCAUGAUACAGAUUCUGCUGGAUAUGUGACCUCCCCCAACCAUCCUGAUAAUUAUCCCCAGAAUGCUGAUUGCAUUUGGCUCUUAGCUGCUCCUCCUGGAAAGCUCAUAAGGCUGCAGUUCGAAGAUCAAUUCAAUAUUGAAGUAACACCCAACUGCACUUCUAAUUAUCUUGAGUUGAGAGAUGGAUCUGAUUCAAAUGCACCAAUACUUUCCAAAUUCUGUGGGAGCUCCUUGCCCAACAAUCAGUUGUCUUCCAGGGAGGUGAUGUAUUUGCGGUUCCAGACUGACAACAGUUCUACUCAUGUGGGAUUCAAGGCCAAAUAUUCCAUAGCUCAGUGCGGGGGAACUGUGACAGGGCAAAGUGGUGUCAUUGAAAGCAUCGGCUACCCAACACUUCCCUAUACAGACAAUUUAUUCUGCCAGUGGCAUCUCCAAGGUCCCUCAGGACAUUACCUUACCAUCCACUUUGAACACUUUAACCUUCAAAAUUCUUCUGAUUGUGAAAAAGACUUUGUGGAGAUCUGGGAAGGCCAUACCUCUGGAAAUUUAUUGGGCAGAUACUGCGGAAAUAUUGUUCCUGGCAAUAUAGAUACGUCUAGCAAUGUUGCUUUGGUAAGGUUUGUUACAGAUGGCUCCCUUGCUGCGUCAGGAUUCAGAAUACAGUUUAUAUCCAGUAUAGAAGAUUGUGGUGGGGAUCUGCAGGGCCCUAUUGGAACAUUUAUUUCUCCCAACUACCUGAACCCAAAUCCUCAUGGCAGGAUCUGCGAGUGGAGACUCAUGGUGCAGGAAGGAAGGCGGAUCACCCUAACUUUUAACAACCUGAGACUGGAAGCUCAUCCAUCUUGCAGCAAUGAGCAUGUGACAGUAUUCAAUGGCCUUAGAAGUAACUCACCUCAGCUAGAGAAGCUGUGUGGUAGUAUGAAUGUAAGUGAGGAGAUCAAAUCUUCAGGGAACAUGAUGAAAGUUGUUUAUUUCACUGAUGGAUCCAGGCCCUAUGGAGGCUUCAUUGCUUCCUACACAUCCAGCGAAGAUGCAGUAUGUGGUGGAUCCCUUACAAAUUCCCCUAAUGGAAACUUUUCCUCUCCUGGCUAUAAUGGAGUCAGUAACUACUCAAGAAACCUAAACUGUGAAUGGACUCUGAGCAAUCCAAAUCAGGAAAAUUCAUCCAUUUACAUCAAUUUUGACAAUUUUUACCUUGAAAGUCACCAAGACUGUCAAUUUGAUGUCCUUGAAUUCCGAGUGGAUAAUGCUGAUGGACCUUUGAUAUGGAGAUUUUGUGGCCCUUCAAAACCUUCAGUGCCAUUGGUUAUACCUAAUCCUCAAGUGUGGAUGCAGUUUGUCACCAAUGAGCGUGUAGAACACACUGGAUUCCAUGCAGAGUAUUCCUUUACAAACUGUGGCGGGAUACAGAGAGGUGAGAGUGGAAUCAUCACAAGCCCCAACUAUCCAGCCUCUUAUGAGAGCUUGACCCACUGCUCUUGGUUGUUGGAAGCUCCACAAGGCCAUACCAUCACUCUGAUAUUUAGUAACUUUGAUAUUGAAUCCCAUGUAACCUGUAGUUGGGACUCUGUCACCAUCAGGAAUGGUGGCUCUUCUGGAUCGCCCAUCAUAGGACAAUACUGUGGAGACUCAAACCCCAGGCCAGUCCACUCUGGCUCCAAUAAACUAGUGGUGAUUUUUAACUCAGACCAUUCAGUGCAAAAUGGUGGAUUUUAUGCAACAUGGAGUACAGAAACUUUAGGUUGUGGAGGAAUAAUUCAUUCGCAUAAUGGCACAAUUAGGUCUCCUCACUGGCCCCAGUACUUUCCUGAGAACAGCAGAUGUUCCUGGACUGUCAUUGCUCAUGAAAGUCAACAUCUGGAGAUCAACUUUGACAACAAUUUCCUAAUCCCCAGUGGUGAUGGACAGUGUCAGAACAGCUUUGUGAAGGUGUGGGAAGGAACCGAGGAGGCUGACAAAGCCCUGUUAGCCACGAGCUGUGGGAAUGUAGCACCCCAUUCCAUCAUCACUCCAGGAAACACAUUCACUGUUGUAUUCCAGUCUCAGGAGGCCGCAGCUCAGGGCUUUUCUGCAUCCUUUGUGAGCCGAUGUGGCAGAAAUUUCACAAAACCUUCAGGUUACAUUAUUUCUCCAAACUACCCAAAGCAAUAUGACAACAACAUGAAUUGUACCUAUAUCUUAGAAACUGGUCAUUCCUCUGUGGUCCUCUUGACUUUUAUAUCAUUCCAUUUGGAAGCUCGCUCAACUGUAACAGGAAGCUGUGCCCAUGACGGUGUACGAAUAAUCAGGGGUUACAGUUUAGCUUCCACGCCUUUUGCCACCUUGUGUGGUGAUGACAUCCCUUCUCCCAUCACCCUCUCUGGUCCAGUGAUUCUUAACUUCUACUCUAAUGCACACAUCACUGAUUUUGGAUUCAGACUUUCCUACAGGAUAACCCCUUGUGGUGGGGUGUUCAACUUCUCCUCUGGAGCCAUCCAAAGCCCUGCCUAUUCCUACUCAGACUACCCUAACAACAUGUUCUGUUUGUAUACCAUCACCGUCAGGGACAACAAGGUGAUUCAGCUGAAGUUCAGUUAUUUUGAUGUGGUUCCCUCCACCUUAUGUUCCAAUGACUAUCUGGCAAUUUAUGAUGGUUCGAGCAUGAAUGAUCCCCUUUUGGGGAAAUUCUGUGGCUCCAAACUUUUUCCAAAUAUUAAGAGCAGCAAUAAUAGUGUGCUCCUAGUAUUCAAGACAGAUUCAUCUCAAACAGCAAGAGGGUGGAGAAUAAUUUUCCAGCAAACACUGGGACCUAUGCAAGGAUGUGGUGGUUAUCUCACAGGUUCAAAUGAUACAUUUGCCUCUCCUGAUAGUGAUUUCAAUGGAAGAUAUGACAAGAAUUUAAACUGCAUAUGGUUCAUAGCUGCACCUGUAAACAAAUUAAUCAAACUCACCUUCAAUACAUUUGCUCUGGAAGCAGCAAGUGUUUUUCAAAGAUGUCUUUAUGAUUAUGUAAAGUUAUAUGAUGGGGAUAGUGAAAAUGCCAACUUGGCUGGAACAUUCUGUGGUUCCACUGUACCUGCUCCUUUCAUCUCUUCUGGUAACUUCCUUACGGUUCAAUUUGUCAGUGACUUAACCUUAGAAAGAGAAGGAUUUAAUGCUACAUACACCAUCAUGGACAUGCCUUGUGGUGGAUCAUAUAAUGCAACUUGGACCCCACAAAGUGUUUCAUCACCCAAUUCAUCAAGCCCAGCUACCCCAUUAUCCAUCUGCACUUGGGUCAUUGAAGCUCCUCCUCAUCAGCAGGUCAAGAUAACCCUGUGGGCAUUACAACUGCAUUCUUCAGACUGUGACCAGAAUUACUUAGAGUUUCAGGACUCACCAGAGAGUAAUGUAAACCCCGGUGUUCAUUUCUGCGGAAGAAAUUAUUCAGUGCUACCAACAUUUUAUUCGUCUAUGAGCACUGCAGUUGUCAUUUUCAAAUCUGAAGCUUUUAGCCAAAACUCUAGAGUGGGUUUUACCUAUCAGAUUGCAGAUUGUGACAGAGACUAUAACAAGGCUUUUGGUACCCUGAAGAGUCCUGGGUGGCCCGAUAGUUACAAUAAUGACCUGGACUGCACGGUCAUUCUCACAGCCCCACAGAACCAUACGAUUUCCCUCUUCUUCCACUCUUUUAGCAUCGAGGACUCAAGUGAAUGCAGACAUGAUUUCUUGGAAGUGAGAAAUGGAAAUGAGAGCAGUUCACCACUACUUGGCGUGUACUGUGGCACCCUCUUACCCAACCCCAUCUUCUCCCAAAAUAAUCAACUCCGCCUCCGAUUUAAGAGCGACAGUGCAGUUUCCAGUCACGGCUAUGAAAUUAUCUGGACCUCAUCCUCCUCUGGCUGUGGCGGGACUCUUUAUGGAGACAGCGGUUCCUUCACCAGCCCGGGAUACCCUGGCACUUACCCAAACAACACACACUGUGAGUGGGUCGUCAUUGCACCUAUGGGAAGGCUUGUCACCAUCAACUUCUACUUUGUCAGCAUUGACGAUCCUGGAGACUGUGUCCAGAACUAUCUCUUACUCUAUGAUGGACCAAGUGCUAACGCUCCAUCCUCUGGACCAUAUUGUGGAGCAGACACAAACAUAGCUCCCUUUGAGGCUUCUUCAAAUCAAGUCUUCAUAAAGUUUCAUGCCGCGUAUGCAACACUCCCAUCAGCAAUCCGCUUAACUUGGGACAGUUAAGUGUGGACGUCUUUAUUCAGAACUCUGGAUCUUCUGUGGGGGAAUGAGACAUGACCCAGGGAAGGGCUUUGCCAUCCUGAAUCAUGGCUGUCUGGUGGUGCCACUGAGAAUAAUUUAAACUUUUAUGUUUUUCACUGAAGUAUGUAUAGAGUUGAUAUUUGUAGAU